AAUCUUAUGUGCAUGUAUAGAAACACUCACAUAUGUGUGCGUAUAAUGGCGUUCAUUUUUCUAUAGUAAAUAUUCAAUAUAUCUAAAUUUUAUAAAAGAUUUCACUGAUGUUGCUAAUGGUGCGCAUAUUUAGUAUUCAAGGUACACCUUUUAAAAGAUGAUGAAAAGUAGUGCUUAGUUGAAAAGUGUCGCAUCACGAUUAAUGACGUGGAUAUAGGUUAGGUUAUGCACGUCGUUAUACUUCGUACCUAGAUCUUAUUCGAGUAUUAUUGUAAAAAUAAUUUAAAAGUUUAGCGUUACACAAUUACGAAAUAAUGUUCGAAAUCACAGAUACACAAAAAAUUGGAGUGGGGCUUGCUGGAUUUGGAAUAUCUUUCCUUUUUCUUGGAGUCUUACUGCUUUUUGACAAAGGUCUUCUUGCUAUCGGAAAUAUUCUGUUUAUAUCCGGAUUAGCAUGCGUCAUUGGACCAAGGAGAACACUGAACUUCUUUUUCCAGAAGCAUAAAAUAAAAGCCAGUGUUUCAUUUUUAAGCGGUAUUAUUAUAGUACUUAUGGGCUGGCCUAUUGUGGGCAUGAUAUUAGAAACAUAUGGUUUUGUAUUAUUGUUCAGUGGUUUUCUACCGGUAGCUAUUAACUUCUUACGAAGAGUACCUCUGUUAGGUACCAUUUUAAAUAUGCCAGGUCUAAGUCGAAUUUUAGACAUGAUAGCAGGAGAUUCGAAUAGAAUGACUGUAUGAUACAGUUCUUAAGCUCAACGCUCAAAUACUGUAUAUAAGAUGUAUUUUAUAUUGUGUCCCAAGUUUUUCUGUCAUUCCUUUCUAGGAUUCCACAGAUCUCUUUUUGUAUUGUGUAAAUAUCAAGCAUAGCCAUCAAAGUUCAAUUACAUCUCAGUCAUUCAUUUUAAGGGUAGCUUUAUAUGAAAAUAAUAUAUAUCUCAUUUUUAUGUAAACUAAUGUAUUAAUAUAAAGAGUACAAGUGUUCUUAUGAACAUUCAAAGGAUUCAAAUUUAAGCAGAAUUUAAAUUAAAAUCUGAAUGAAGUAUGUCUUUCCAAAAUGAUUACUUUGCUGUAUCAGCAGGUUAAUGACAAAAAUUCGUGUUUGUAAUGAUACAGUUCAUUUACAUGUAAUAAAUGUGCAUUGAAAUACAAUUUUAUUAUAUAAAAAUGUGUAUAAUAUUCCCUGUUAUCUCGUAUACAUAAUCUUUCCUUCUUUAGUAAAAACCCAAUGAAUUACUCAAAAUUAAUCAAUGCUCUAUCACGAAUUAGAUAUUAAAAAUGAUAAAAUAAGGGGGAAAAUAUUCUGGAUUAAGUGGGAUUCAGAUAAACACGAUAAAUGAAUUUUAUAUCACUUUUAUUGAUUUUUCUCGUUUUUUCCGCAUACAUCCUAACAUGAACAUAUUGGAUGUAUACACUCAAAGUAACGCUUCUCAUUAUCUUACACGUAGUUGUCUGAAGUGCGAAAUUAAAUUAUUGUUCACUGAAACUCGACGAACUUCAUCUGAUAUCAUUAGUAUGAUCAUUUAUUAAUUAUCUACAAUGGGCCGAGAAUUAGGGCGGGGUGGCGGCCCAUGUCUACGCGCCCCGCCAUCGCCGUAAUGAUAUUUCGUCGCGCGUCCUUCUCGCUCAAUUGUAUACUUUUGUUUUUAUUUGCUUUUAUAAUUUUUUCUUGUUUAGAUAAUUACUUUCACUACAUUAUGUCCCGACCAUCGUCUACAUAAUCACAUGUAUCAAAUAUUUCAUAUCCAUUAUGCGAUUAGUUACACACCCUUGAUUCCUUGGAUAUAUUGUGAAUAUAUCCGUCUCUUUUCUAUUUUUUUUUCUUACGAAAAUGGAAUAUGAAAA